AUGUUCUUCAUUUUUCAACUACUUUAUGAACAAGGAGAUCCAUCAAAUCUCAACACCAGCUUCAGCUCUUUCACAAACCAGACGACUGCUGUCACAGAUAGUCCGGCUCUUCUAGGUUCUGUUGGUGGUGGUGGCACUGGUGCUGGGGCUGGAACUUCACACCACGCCUCAAAUUGCAGUAAUCAGAUAACCUGGCAGUCUCAUCAAUUCCAGCGCAUGACAUUUCGCGUUGGCACUACCCUUUGUGCCGUCUGUUUGCGGCCCUGUUCUGACUUCCGAAAUCCACCUCCAGCUCUAGAAUGUGUGAAAUGUCACAUGCGAAUCCAUCUGAGUCACGUAGAUCGACACGAAAAGUUCAUGGCAUGUCAUAAUGCCACCAAAACUCUGCUACUUAGGAUGCCCACAGACGCUGAAAAGAAGGUGUGGAUUUCGAGGAUUCUGGCAUUGCGCGACCGCCUUCGUGUAAUCCAGCAACAGACUCCCGAUCUUCUAAUUGACUCCGCAGCCUGCGCUCCCUCUGUAUCUCUAGUUGGAUCUGGUGGAGUAUUGGCGUCAGGAGUUGGAGGAUUUAACAGUCUAACGGGUGGAUCGAGUGGGGGAGGGGGACCGUUAACCAGUCUUACGGCUGCUAUC